CCGCCCCCUCCUUCCCUUGGGACUCGGGAGAGCCGCGCGUUGGGCAAGAGUGCGCGCGCGCGAGCGCGGGCUUGCUGGGGAAAUCUCCUUCCCUGGAAGCUGCGGAGUGUCCCUGACCUAGAGUAUCCCGGCGCCCUGCAAAAGCCACCAAAGCGUUAGAGUCCUUCUCUAAAGAAAAACGGCGGAUGAGAAACAAGAAGGAAACCCGUUUCCCCAGAGUCCUGGGUUUCCAAUGGUAUCGGAUCCUCCAGUAGCUAAUCUGGUAGGGACGCGCUUGGCCGCCGCUGGAACCUGAUCUUAGAGCGACGAUUGCGAGAGGAGGGAGGUGAGGGACUUGCGGACAAGAGUUGCACCUGGUCUGGGAACCUGCAAGGAGAACUGUGGGCAGGAGAACCGACUGGAUCGGAGCUAGCCGCCAUCCUCUGACCAUGCCCUGGUGAAGGGGGCGGACUUCGAGGGCAACUUGUCGCGGACUACCUGGGCUCAGCUAGCAUACGGGAAGACGCAGCGAGCCCGGAAUUGAACAGCUCGGCCCGGUGGGGGGCUGCUGUCUAUGUCUUCUUGGGGCACCCGGCGGAUCGGGGUCUCGGUUUUGCAGGAAGAGUCCAGUGUUGCUGGCUUCAGGUGGCUGACGCCACCACCGCCGCGGUCUCUGCAAGUGCUGUUUCCACCGUUGGUGAGAGGAGCAGAGACACAAGAGCGGGGAGACCUCAGAGGCAAAGAGGCAUCGGACAUGUGUCAGCACAUCUGGGGAGCACAUCCAAAGAGCCUGAGGGGAGAUUUGCUGAAACAAUUCAAACUGCGUUAUUGAUCUUGGGGGUGGCUGCCCCUGGCCGGCUGUCGGGUGGGAGCGCGAGUGUGCGCUCUCUGGAGAGUGUGUGCGUGUGUGUAUGUGUGUGCCGUGUCGGGCUCCCCCCUUCCCCCCCUGUUUUCCCGUCGAGUGAUGCACCUGGAAUGAGAAUCAGAGGAUGGAAAUAGUCUGGGAGGUGCUUUUUCUUCUUCAAGCCAAUUUCAUCGUCUGCAUAUCAGCUCAACAGAAUUCACCAAAAAUCCAUGAAGGCUGGUGGGCAUACAAGGAGGUGGUCCAGGGAAGCUUUGUUCCAGUUCCUUCCUUCUGGGGAUUGGUGAACUCAGCUUGGAAUCUUUGCUCCGUGGGGAAACGGCAGUCACCAGUCAACAUAGAAACCAGUCACAUGAUCUUUGACCCCUUUCUGACACCUCUGCGCAUCAACACUGGAGGCAGGAAGGUCAGUGGGACCAUGUACAACACUGGAAGGCAUGUGUCCCUCCGCCUGGACAAGGAGCACUUGGUCAACAUUUCAGGAGGGCCCAUGACAUACAGCCACCGCCUGGAGGAGAUCCGGCUACACUUUGGGAGUGAGGACAGCCAAGGGUCGGAACACCUCCUCAAUGGACAGGCCUUCUCUGGGGAGGUACAACUCAUCCACUAUAACCACGAGCUAUACACAAACGUCACAGAAGCUGCGAAGAGUCCAAACGGAUUGGUGGUAGUUUCUAUAUUUAUAAAAGUUUCUGAUUCAUCAAACCCAUUUCUUAAUCGAAUGCUCAACAGAGAUACUAUCACAAGAAUAACAUAUAAAAAUGAUGCAUAUUUACUACAGGGACUUAAUAUAGAGGAACUGUAUCCAGAGACCUCUAGUUUCAUCACUUAUGAUGGGUCGAUGACUAUCCCUCCCUGCUAUGAGACAGCGAGUUGGAUAAUAAUGAAUAAGCCUGUGUACAUAACCAGGAUGCAGAUGCAUUCCCUACGUCUCCUCAGCCAGAAUCAGCCAUCACAGAUCUUUCUGAGCAUGAGUGACAACUUUAGGCCUGUGCAGCCACUCAACAACCGCUGUAUCCGCACCAACAUCAACUUCAGUUUACAGGGGAAGGACUGUCCUAACAACAGGGCCCAGAAGCUGCAGUACAGAGUAAACGAAUGGCUCCUCAAGUAGGGAACUAAGCCAAGAAGAAUCCCACCUCAGUGAAGUUCUACAACUGUGAAUUGACGUUACCCAGAAUGCCCCCUCUUUCUUCCUUCUCUUUCCUCCCCUAAACCUCUCACUCUUUGGAUUGGUCCCUUCUUCAUGAAAACUGUUUGCAAAAUGUGUCAGAGGAGUGCAUCUCUCUCUCUCUCUCUCUCUCUCUCUCUCUCUCUCUCUCUCUCUCUCUCUCACACACACACACACACACACACACAACAGUACACACACAUCUUAUCACCUCCAUGAUGGGAAGUCAAGCCUCAGAAACAAAGGUUCAUUCAUCAAAGUCUUAGAAGAAAACAACCAGUUAACCUGAUUACAAUUUUGAUACUGUUUUCCUGAAUUAAUAACUCUAUCCAAUGAGACUUCUCAGCCUUUGUACAUACAAAAAUUCUUCCAAAAGAGAGAGGGGAGAAAACACCGCUCUAAAAGCAUCAAGUGGACUCUAUCUCAUCAUCCCUGACGGUGUCCUAAGAUACUCCAAGGAUGCUGGUGACAGGUAAACCAGGACAAAGCUGACCAAGGACACUUAUUUCUAGAUUACGAUUCUUCUGUUUACUCAAUGAUUUAAAAAGAAAAUAUUCAAAAAAAAGGACAGACAUCAAAGAGCUAUACGUUGUGUAUAUAUAUAUCACUGCAGACUAUAAGAAUGGAAUCAUUUCCCUAUUGUCACAUAACCGUACUAGGAUUUGCCCGAGAUCAGAAUCGAUCCAUUCACUGUUUCUUGUUUUCUGAAGGUCAUACAUUGUGUUUGGUUAUUGUUAACAGCCCAAUAAAUGUGUUUAAUGCGUUGAUUUCAUUUUUCUGGCUUUGGUCUGUUCUCCUUCCUGCCAGGCUAAACCCUAGCCCCACGCAGCUACCUUCCGGAUCUCCCGUGUUCCUUCAUCUCCAUGUUAUGUUCAUUUGCAGCCGGUUUUACUGAGUUUGUGGCAAGCAGGAAUGCAUUUGCUAAGCAAGUAUGCCUUUAAUUCCACCCCAUGGCUCGGUCAUUCAUCCCAGGUGAGCUUUGGCCUGAUAUAGUAGGCGACAGAUUCCUUGCGUUUCAAAACUGCCAUUCCCCGCCCCAACCCCUGUGAUGCUCCUGAAGGAAUGCACUUUGCCUUGUAAAUUCCUGGGAAAUUGGGGUAUCUUUUCUCUCCAGGUGCAGCCAGAUCCCACAAAGUACAAACGAAUGCCUUUCUUUUCUUGUUUAUAAUGGUCACUCACUGUGUUUGGUUACUGUCAAAAAAAAUCAAUAAAUGUGUUUACCAAGUUG